AUGAGCAUCCCUGUGGUGGACUUUAGCGUCUACAACCUAAGUAAGAAAGAAGCUACCGGCGAGCAGCUGCAAACCCUGAGUGAGGAGCUGAAAACUGCUUUCUCCCAAUAUGGGUUUGUUUUCCUGAAAAACUCUGGGGUCUCGCAAGAGGAGAUAAAUCCAGUGGAGCGUGUAAUGGACAUCUCUGAGAAGUUUUUCCUGCAACCAGAAGAGCUGAAAAAGCCCUUCAGCAGGAAGAGCUUCCCAAACAAUCCUAAGCACGGUUGGGUGUCGCUGGAAAUUGAGAGGUUGAAUCCGAGCCAGCCUGGAGACCUAAAGGAGGCAUUCAACACUGCAUCAUUUCACCCUGACAUUAAAUGUCCAUCAUCAGAGGCUGUUAGGGGUUUCCAAGAUAUACACACAACAUUCUUCCAGCGCUGUAAAGAGCUGAGUCUACGGGUGCUGAGGGUGAUAGCUCAAAGCUUGGCUCUGGAUCCAGAUGUGUUCCUGCAUGCACAUCGUUUUAUAGGGACUGAUGAGAACGGCACGACGCUACGCUCUCUCUACUACCCUCCAGUGAAGAGUGAGAUGGCAAAGGAAGGUCAGCUGCGAUGUGGGGAACAUUCAGACUAUGGCAGCAUCACUCUGCUUUUCCAGGGCUCUGAGGGUCUACAGGUCUGCACCCUCUCAGAUGAAUUCAUCUCUGUGCCAAGUAUCCCUGGAGCCGUCCUGGUCAACAUCGCUGACCUGAUGCAGCGUAGUGAUCAGUUAGUCUCUGUGCGUCAUCGGGUUUUGCUGCCCCCUGUUGGAGACUCCAGCACUCGUCAGUCUUUGGCUUACUUUGUCCAGCCAGAUGAUGAGGCCCUGAUCACCUGCUGCAAUGGCUCAGACAAAUACCCUCCUGUCACAGGAGGAGACUUCCUCAUGCAGCGCUUCAGUGAAUCAUAUGGAAAGAGCUGAAGGCACACCCACUAAUCUGCUCAACUGUUGCACAAAUGGCAAACUUCUCCAGUACAUCCUUCACAUGCAUGUAGAACAUGUUUAGUCACAGACCAGCUUCAGUUCACAGAACGCUGAGUUUUUAUGUUGACCAGGAAAACAAAGCAAACUGAAUUAACAUUUUGAAAAGGUAGUUUGAACAAGACUGCAUUUUAAGAAAAAAUGUUAGCUAAAGAUGCAAAGAUACAAAUGUUACACUUGCAAGAUCAUUCAUUUUAUUGGCAACAUUCAAACCAUGUACACCAUGACUUCUAUUCAACAGGACACUUAUGAAUGUUAACCUUUCUACCAGUUUUCAGUUUAACUGAAAUGUUUAUGUAAGAAACAUAAAAUCAGGAUUAAAUAAAACAAUCUGUUGCAUCUAACAUCCCCUGAGAAUAAACUCAUACUGUCCUCAUCAA